AUGAGGUACUAACAAAAGUAGCAGCGAUCGACGACGACGGGACCGUCGCGGCGCUCACGACACCAUGCAUACAUCAAGCAUCAUCAGACCAGCUUGCAAAGGCGCCCGACGCGUUAGCAACUUGUGUCCAGAAGUGCCUCGCCGUCGAAGACAGCGCGUCAUUAUUGGCCUUCGUCGAGAAGCGGCGGGACUGCGGGUCUCAGUGCGCGGCGUUGCUCGAAAAGGCCGCUCAGAAUCUAGCGGACCGCUGCUCCAAAGAAGCGGCGCCGGAGGCGUUGGAAUUACUGGCUGCUUUGUUGGGGGCGUACGCCGACGUGCGCUGCAAGGCCGAGCCCCUGCAAAAGGCGUUGGGCGAGUCCGAGGCGCGUGUGAAUGCUCAACGCUGCCUGGCCGUCCUCUGGAGUCGGGGCCCCGCCGAUAGUUUCGCGGCCGCCGCCGCGGGCGUCCUGAGCAAUCUCGAGGCGGCCGAGGCCGCGCCGGGCCCCGUCGCCGCGGCCGAGGCUUUAAUUAUGGCCGCGCGCACCCGCAAAGACGGCGCGCCGCUGCCCCUGCCGCGGCUGGUCCGAGCGGCGAUGAAACAUACAACGCUGAUCCCUUCGUUGAUGGAUGCGCUGCCGGCGUCGAUCACGCGGCGCCACGGCCUGAGUUUAAUGAAGGCAGCUUUGGGCGAGUGCCAGCGGACGCGGUGGCGCGACGCGCCGACCAUAAGGGCCCUCGCGACCGUGAGUAGCGCCUUGGGCGCGGGAGGGGCCGAACUCGUCGACGACGCGGUCGCUCCUUUAAUCAGAGCCGCCCUGGCGGCGUCGAGCCCGCGCGCGCCGACGGACGAGGCGCCGCCGCCGGAGACGAAGAAACGAAAAAGGAGGCGGCCGCCGCGGCGCGCGCCGGCCAAGGCCCACUGGGACAUUAGUGAGGCGGCACGCGCGGCGCUCGACGCCAUCUCUGUGAUUGUGCACGCGUGCGGGCCGCGCCUCCGCGACCGGGCUUUGGUGGAACGCGCCGGCGCCGCGCUCCUCGACCACGCCCCUCUGGACCUGCGCCGCGCUACGUUAAAUCUCGCCGCGGCGCUCGUCGCGGCGCCGCUGGACGGGCAGCGGAGCCCCCUCCUGGUCGCGGCGCGCGCGGCGGCCGUCGCGGCGCACGAUACGGUCGAGACGCGCGCCGCGGCGUACCGCCUGCAGGCGGCCUGCGACGCGGUGCUGCGGCCGCGCUGCGCGCCGCUCGCGCCGCCGCGGAUCGCGGCGCCGCCCGCGCGCGGCGACCUCCUCGCGGCGCUCUUCCCCGGCGACGACGCGUCCGCGUCCGACGACGACGGCGCGGCGGAGGCGGCGCCGCCGCCGCCAGCGCCGCCGGCGCCGCCGGCGCCGCCGGCCGCGCCGCCCGCCGCGCCGCCGGUCGCCGCGCCGCCGGUCGCGGACGACGACGACGAGUUUCCGGAAAUUAUCACAUAA